UUUGUGUUAUAAAAGCGUACUCGUUUGUUUAUUUUUACAGGACGUUAUUCUACCAGCUACUAUCUUGGGCAGGGGGGCGGCUUGUAGCUAACUUUGAUGCUGUGUCUUUCUGGUCUUGGAUGUCACAGUAUUGCUAGCAGACAGUAAAAAUGUAGCCCUUUAGCUUCUUUUGUAAGGUAUGUUCGCCUCAUUCUGCGUAGCUAACUAAUUUCUAGAUGUGUUGACACUGCAUUGCAUAUACGGUAUGUUUAAUCCAGGGUUUGGUUUUGUGUAAACAAGCAAAGGUAAUAGUGGUACCGAAGCCUAAUGCCACUAGAUGGCAGUCUUUUACAAUUUUCAAAUCCCAUUGCUCCCUCAUCCUGUCAUGUUUGGUGAUAAGAUGUAUUGGUGCCCCCAGUACUGUCUCAAGGCAACAAGGAGUGAUGAUCUAUGACUGAUCAAUAGAAAACAAUGAAUAACACAAUGCUAAACACAGUAAGUCUACUGUGCUGCAAACAUUUUAGGCACUAAAGGUAAGGUGAGAAUGCUGUCAAAAACAAUGCCAUGAGUUAUUUUUAUUUAUCAAUUAACUUCAUACAGGGUGCAUUAAAAACUGAAAACAUUUAAAUUAAAUUAAGAUUUGAUGUGACCACCAUUUGCCUUAAGCAGCACCAGAUACACCUUCACAGAUUUUUCAAGGUAGUCUACUUUGCAGGUAGGUUGUGCUAAGCUUCAUGGAGAACUAAUCCAAGUUCUGUUUAGGCUGUCUCAGUUGCCUCUGUGUGUUCAUGUGAACCCAGAUUGACUUGAUGAUGUUGAUAGCAGGACUCUGUUGCCAUCUGUUACACAACUCUUUAUUCUGCUUGUCGCUGAAGAUAUUUAUGUUUGGCCACAUAUUUGGGAUUGUCAUCAUGUCGCAGAAUGAAUUUCAGACACGUCUGAGAUGUCUUGCACAAUGGAUAAGAAUCUAAAAAUCUAAAAUUGUGUGUGAGUUUAACUUAUACUUAGUACAUAUUCUUGAUCUUAGUGCAAGUUUUUGCUGCAUAAUUUCUCACACAUCACAUGAAAGUUAACUUUGGAGACCAAUGUAAUUUGGAAAACUGAAGUUUAGGCUGAUGAAGAAUGUGUUCAGCAGUGACAUUUGAUAUCUUUUUUUAAACAUGAGAUGUAUUCAUUUGAAAUAAUUGACUAUAAAGCUAUAUAAAAAUGUUAGUAUUAUUGUCUCAGGAAAGUCAGAAAGAUUUGGGGUUAAAUCACAGCAGGGCUGAAUGGGGUGUGUUUGUGUGGAGCAGCCUUUCCUCUUAGCUAACUCAAACAGUUAGAAAAGGUCAAAAGCACAGGUCAAAGUUUCUCAGGGGGAUAAAUUUCUCCUAUCCUUAUCAUGUCCUUCCCAGGGUCUCAGGGGAGCAUGCCACAUGCUGUACAAUGAUGAAGGUGAAGUCAAAGAAGGAAGGAUCUCAAGGUACAGGAGUCCACUCUAAACAAGACAGAAAAUCCCCAGACCCCUUUAAUGCAAAAACAGGUUGUGGCAGGCCGGUACAUGAUGAAGUGAUGGAGAUGUUAGGAGGCCACAGCCAUUGUGAUGCUCGGUGGCUGUUACUCUGGAACUGCCAUCUGCCAAAAAAGGGUGCUCUGCAAUGAUAUCCUCAGCCUGAAGGUGGCAGGAGAUCCAGUUCUAACCCCUAACUCAGUGUGCCUGAGGCUGGCAGGCCUCAGUAAGCGUCAGAUGCGGAUGUGUGUGCGGAGCCCUGAUGUGACAGCCUCCGCUCUCCAAGGCAUCCAGGUGGCCAUCCAUGAGUGCCAGCACCAGCUCCGUGACCAGCGCUGGAACUGCUCCUCACUGGAAGGCCUUGGCAAACUGCCCCACCACAACACCAUCCUGAACAGGGGUUUUCGUGAGAGCGCCUUCUCCUUGGCCUUGUUGGCAGCGGGUGUGGCUCAUUCUGUGGCCUCAGCCUGCAGCAUGGGCAAGUUGCGGGGAUGUGGCUGUGAGGCCAAGCGUCGGCAGGACGAUGACAAAAUCCGGCUGAAACUCACACAGCUGCAGCUGCAGACCCUGCAGAAGGGUGGGGUGGACAUCAGCAUGACGCGGUUAUUACCCUCAGACUUAAAUGGUCAUCAUGGUGACCUGCCCUCCACCCUGCUCAAGCCUUUACCAGAUGAGCUGAGCUCAAUAAAGGAGACCUGGGAGUGGGGGGGCUGCAGUCAUGAUGUCCGGUUUGGGGACCGUUUCUCCAGGGACUGGCUCGACUCUCGUGGGUCUCCAAGAGAUAUCCAUGCUCGCAUGAAGAUACAUAACAACCGGGUGGGGCGACAGAUAGUGAUUGACAACAUGAAGAGGAAGUGCAAAUGUCAUGGCACAUCGGGAAGCUGUCAGUUUAAGACCUGCUGGCAUGUGUCUCCAGAGUUCAGGCUUGUGGGUUCUCUACUCAAGGAAAAGUUCCUGUCAGCCAUCUUUGUCAACUCCCAGAACAAAAAUAAUGGUGUUUUCAAUCCGCGAGCUGGAAAUGGUGCCAGCGGGAACAUAAGAGGACUCAACGGAGGUCGUCGUCGAAGCAUGUCCAGAGAGCUGGUGUAUUUUGAGAAGUCUCCUGAUUUCUGUGAGCGUGAUGUCUCUGUUGACUCUCCAGGUACACAAGGACGCAUCUGUAACAAAACCAGCUAUAGCACAGACAGUUGCAGCUCGCUGUGCUGUGGCCGUGGACACAACAUCCUGAAACAGACACGCAGCGAGCGCUGCAAUUGUCAAUUUCACUGGUGUUGCUAUGUGCUGUGCGAGGAGUGUCGCCUCACAGAGUGGGUCAAUGUGUGCAAAUAAAUUGUAGUUCUCCCAGUCCCGGCUGCCUUUACCCAUCCAGGGCUCAAAAAAGGCAAGCCCGUCCCUUCACGCACUCCUGUUGUUCAAGUGUUUGUUUUGUCCUUGUGCAACUCUCCCAGAGAAUCUGUUUAUCCCCCUCUUUUCCCUCUUUUUUUGGUUCAUCAUCUGGGAUCUAUUUUCUCAUUGUAGCGGCUGUUUUUCUCAAAAUGCCAAGUCAGAGAUUGAAGAGGUGACUUGCCAUUUGUCUUGCCAUGGUCUGUUUAGACGCUGCCCUCUCAGCCAUGAAGACGACCUAUACCACACUUUUUUUUUUUAAACCACAAAACAAAGACAAGCAACAAGAUAAAAACAUUUCCAUUUCAGUAUCUACAUACUGAUCCUUCUUAUUGUACGAUAGCUGUGUAUUUUAAUGUGUACAUGUAUAUUUGUAAAUGUAUUAAUAUUAUUAUACUGGAGCCUGUCUUCUUGGUUCUAGGUAAUGGCAGACAGCUGCAGACUGAACUGGUGCUGUUAGACACCAGUCUCAUUGCAGUGUAUCUUACAUGCUACUAGGUUCUUCUAAUGAUCUCCAAGAUAUUUACUCCAGCUGUAUAUUUUCCACCUAUCACUCAGACAGGAGUGAUGAUACUUAUUUUGCGGUUAAUGUCAAAAUAUUUCUACACAGGGAUUUUUCCUAAUAGAAGAAGCUGAGAUAGAAGACUGUGCUUUUGUGGCUUUUGAAGGACUGACUUUGUUACAGAAGCAAAAAAGACAGAAAGCACAUGCGGGACUUUUGUGAGACUCAAAAUGGGAAAGUUAAGACAAUACGUCAUUUCAGUCCAUCAACAGUAAUUAGUUCAUGAGUGGUCGUGUUUUUUUAUGAAUUCAUAUCACUGUUACGACAGGUAAAAUGUUUCUCAGCAUAACUGUGAAGUGUGUCACUUUCCUAUGAAAUCAUGACUGCCCUCCUGAUAUUCUGUGCUUCAUUUUUUUUUAUAUAUAUCUGUCUGAGCACUUCUUAUAUUCUUCCCACAUGUAGUACAUGUCAAAGUGAGAGAUGGAGCUACUUUAGUCUUGAACUGAUGCGUGCGUGUUUCUGUUGCUGUGUAAAUGGGUGCUAAGCUGUGUACACUACAGAUUUGGGAGGUUAGAGCCUUUUUUAUGGCCGUUUCAUGCUGAGAGAAGGACUUUUUAUGGCUGCAGGAUAUUGUUUCCUUAAAGUAUGACUUUUAUUACUUGAGAGAAGCAUCAUGAGACCAGAGAGUGGGGGUGAGUGUACCAGUCUUUGCUGUGUGAGCAUCUGAGAGGAUCAUCUGUCCAGAGUUCAUAGCUGAGGAAGGGACUUGGUGAACCAUGUGCCGCUGGGACUAUGUGUCCCUGUAACCUGGGAGACAGACUACACAAAAAUAAACAAAGGCACAUAAGCAUAUCCAUGCCUUUAUGUACAAAGAUAUUUACAUGUAGAAAUACUGGAAUUGAUGUACAAUCAAAAACAUGCGUGCUGGUGCGCACACAGGAAUUGUCAGAACCCCUGGUGACCUGAGUGAUUUGCAAUCUACUUACACUGCAGAUUUAGCAAAUCACUAAUGUCAACACUUGACUGGAUUUACGAUAACAGCAUUCUGAGAUAUCUCAGAUAAUCCAAACCAUCUCCAUUUGCAGUCUACUGUGAAAACCUAUUCUGCCAUAUAGCAUUUAAUGCCAAUUAAGACUUGUUUGCAUGGUCAUAGGUAAUAUCCCUCCUUGGCAGUGACUGAAUUGACUGAGGGAAUAAAAAGGAAACGGCAACCUGUAAGGAAUGAUAAGUGACUGGAUUUCUGGUUUGCAUUUCUUCAUUCCUUUAUCAUUUCACCCUGAAGCUGCUGCGAAAGGGAAUUUCCUGUCACUGUUCCUCCCAUGUGUGAGGCAGAGGUUGGUGGACAGCCUUGGAUCGCUUUCGCUCCCUCUCUGCUUUUUCUCUCUUUCCUCUUCUCCCCCUCAUCGCUUCAGACAUAGACACAUGCAUUGCAACACAUUGACUGCCCCCCGAAUAAUGACAACCAGACUGGGCUGAAAUUAAAGAGAGGAAGGCAGAGAGAGGAAGUUAGCAGAGAUAAAAGU